AUGUUACGACGCGUCUUGGCCGCGCGUAGGUCAUUUGCGUCAAAUGGAGAACGUUACAAAAGCAGCAGUAGUCACACACAGAUUAAGAAGGUACAGGUCCGUAGCUCGCGCUUGCCUAUUGAUGGUCCGAAUCUCGGUGACUUCGUGCAGACGCAUGGACACCAGCACAUGGUCGACGCAGUCAGCGAGAUGAAUAUUCCUAGCCCCAUACGGUCGCUCGAGGAGAUAGAGAAAACGCACACUUGUUCCUUCUUUAUUGAAACCUAUGGAUGUCAGAUGAAUCAGGCCGAUUCAGAUAUCGUACGAGCCAUUCUGCUGAAGCAUGGAUACACUCCUGCGUGCACACCUGACGAUGCCGACGUGGUUUUGCUUAAUACGUGCGCCAUACGCGACAACGCUGAAGCCAAAAUUUGGAAUCGCCUUGAAUCGCUUCGCCAAUUAAAAGCUAAGCUGAUGCGUUUGCAGCACAAAAAAGUUCAAACUGUUGGCGUACUAGGCUGCAUGGCUGAACGACUUAAGAAAAAAUUGCUCGAGUCCGAUAAAAUGGUGGACCUGGUGGUGGGUCCCGAUGCCUACCGCGACAUCCCCAAUUUGCUUCGUGUGGUUCUUGGUAGUAAUGAGUCCGCAGUUAACGUGCAGCUAUCGCUGGACGAGACCUACGCAGACAUUGCGCCAGUGCGCACUGAUCCGAAUAAUCCGUCGGCUUUUGUGUCGAUUAUGCGUGGAUGUAACAACAUGUGCUCCUACUGUAUUGUUCCUUUUACGCGUGGACGUGAGCGCAGUCGCGUCAUGCACUCAAUUAUCGACGAAGUGCGCGCGCUAAGUGAUGGGGGCGUAAAAGAGGUCAUCAUGCUUGGACAGAAUGUUAACUCGUAUCACGACAAGAAGUCAGAAGGUGCUGCUAACAAUGGCCGCGCUUACGUUUCUUCCGACGGCUUUAGCAACAUUUUCCGCUCUCGUGACACGCCUGGAUUUCGCUUUGCCGAUUUGCUGGACCAAGUCUCGCGUGUCGACCCAGAGAUGCGUCUACGCUUUACAUCGCCUCACCCAAAGGACUUUCCAAACGAAGUGCUUGACCUUGUAAAUGAGCGUCCAAAUAUAUGCAUACAGAUCCACAUGCCCGCUCAAAGUGGUAGCACCACACUGCUGCAACGCAUGCGCCGUGGAUAUUCGCGAGAGGCGUAUCUGGCGCUGGUGGACAACAUACGUACUCGUAUUCCAGGUGUUGCGAUGUCCUCCGACUUUAUCGCUGGAUUUUGUGGUGAGACUGAAGAGGAGCACAUGGACACGAUUUCGCUUAUGCGUCAAGUGUGCUAUGAUCAAGCUUUUAUGUUUGCGUACUCUGUUCGUGCUCGUACUCAUGCAGCACACCACAUGAAAGAUGAUGUUUCUAAAGCCGAUAAGCUGCGUCGUCUUCGCGAAAUUAUUGAUACAUUUAGUGAAGUAGUCACACGCAAGAACCACGUCGAAGACUCUGAUCGCCUGCACAUUGUACUCGUUCAAGGCCCUAGUCGACGGUCUACGAACGAAAAUCCAAAGCUUACUGGUCUUACAGACUCGAGCAAGCGCUGCAUUUUUGCCAACCAAGAAAUGCCACCUUCGUUGCGCUCCUUUACGAAGCAGGCAGGUGCCGAUGCUAAUGAGUUUCGGCCUCUGUCCAACUUCUCUUUAGAGACUGUACACGCUGGUCCAGGAGACUACGUGCUGGUGCGUAUCCAUGACGCUGGUCGUCACACUUUACACGCAACUCCUGUGGCACGUACUACUCUCCAAGAGGUCGCAGAGAUCGUACCUCCAGAAUUACUUGGAGCAAGACCACACUCACUUGACGCAUUAUUGCUAUAG